AUGUCCUCCAAACGCAUGAACAUUGCUCUGCUGACUCGAUGGCUAUGGCGGAUUUCGAACGGAGAGGGCGGCUUGUGGCUCCGCAUCAUCCAGCAGAAAUACCUGCGUGGCCAGCCGCUCGCCUUCUGUCAGCGGUCCGGGGGCUCCCAGUUCUGGCAAUCCAUCAUACAGCUCCUCCCAGUCCUCCGCACAGGGACUUCGAUCGCGGUUGGAUCUAGCACCGCCACGUUGUUUUGGUUCGAUCGUUGGGCUGGGGACGCCCCCUUCGCGACUCGCUUUCCUGGCUUGUUCUCCAUUGCGGUGGAGCCAAGGGUAUCUGUCGCGGUGGCCCUUAUUGACUUAGGGCAACUCGCGUUCCGACGGCCGUUCGGACCUGCGGACACCGCCGAUUGGCAUGACUUGCUCGACUGCAUCGCACUGCACGAGCCUGACCUCGAUAUGGGGGAUGAUCGCACCAGAUGGCAUCUAGAGCUAUCUGGUCGGUUCUCCACUAAAUCCCUAUACCAGGCGAUCGCCCCCUCCCCGGGACCCGAGGCUCUCACCACCAUUUGGGAGAUCCGGCUUCCCCUGAAGAUUAGAAUAUUCUUGUGGCAAUGGAUCCGCGGCCGCCUUCCGUCCGACGUGGAGGUCUUGAAGCGCAACGGCCCUGCUUUGGCGGCCGCUUAG